GUCGUUGUCAUAUGAAUUCAUGGUUCACGUUGUUUCACUGCAUUUCCAGCUACAACAUGGGAUUUGGGAACGACAAGUGAUAGUGUGAUGACUGUAUAUCAAGUUUAGUGUGAACAACAGUGUAGAAAAUAACAGUUUAUGUCCUAGAUCUGUAUUUCUGCCGGAGGUUGGCGGGGACAAACAGAAGUCACGAUGGUGAAAGAGCAGUUUAGAGAGACCGAUGUGGCCAAAAAAAUAAGCCACAUCUGUUUUGGGAUGAAGUCGGCUGAACAGAUGAGACAGCAGGCUCAUAUCCAAGUGGUCAGUAAGAACCUGUACAGCCAGGACACCAGCCAUACUCCUCUACCAUACGGAGUACUGGAUCAUCGCAUGGGCACCAGUGAGAAGGAUCGUCCUUGUGAGACGUGUGGGAAGAACCUGGCUGACUGUCUGGGACACUAUGGGUAUCUGGACCUGGAGAUGCCCUGUUUUCAUGUGGGCUAUUUCAAAGCCACCAUUGGAAUCCUACAGAUGAUCUGUAAGACGUGUUCUCACAUCAUGCUGACCAAAGAGGAGAAACUACAGUUUAUGGAUGUGUUGAAGAGGCCAGGCCUAGCGUACCUCCAGAAACGAGGAAUGAAGAAGAAGAUAUCCGACAAAUGCCGCAAAAGGACAUUGUGUCUCAAUUGCUCCACGUUAAAUGGACCAGUGAAGAAGUGUGGCUUGCUGAAGAUCCUCCACGAGAAAUACAAGACAACCAAGAAAGUGGUGGACACUGUAGUAUCAGACUUUCUCAACUCAUUCGAUAUCGCAAUAGAACACAACAAAGAAGUGGAGGGCUUGCUUAACAGGGCUCAGGAGAACCUGAGUCCUCUAGUGGUACUGAACCUCUUCAGGAGGAUACCAGCGGAGGACAUUCCCCUGCUCCUGAUGAACCCUGAGGCAGGUAAGCCUGCAGACCUCAUCCUCACCCGCCUGCUGGUACCCCCGCUCUGCAUCCGCCCCUCUGUCAUCUCAGACCUCAAGUCAGGUACUAAUGAGGAUGACCUCACCAUGAAGCUCACAGAGAUCAUCUUCCUCAAUGACGUCAUCAAGAAGCACCGUAUGUCAGGGGCCAAGACCCAGAUGAUCAUGGAGGACUGGGACUUCCUCCAGCUGCAAUGUGCUCUCUACAUCAACAGUGAGCUCUCUGGCAUCCCCCUCAACAUGGCCCCUAAGAAGUGGACCAGAGGCUUCGUUCAGAGACUCAAGGGCAAACAAGGGCGAUUCCGUGGAAACCUCUCGGGGAAGAGAGUGGAUUUCUCUGGGAGAACGGUCAUCUCUCCAGACCCCAACUUGCGGAUUGAUGAGGUGGCUGUCCCUGUGCACGUAGCCAAAAUCCUGACCUACCCAGAGAAGGUGAACAAGGCCAACUUGGAGAUGCUGAGGAAGCUGGUGCGGAGUGGUCCAGAGGUCCACCCUGGAGCCAACUUCAUCCAGCAACGACACACGCAGAUGAAGAGGUUUCUGAAGUACGGGAACCGAGAGAAGAUGGCCCAGGAGCUGAGGUUUGGAGACGUGGUGGAGAGACACAUGAUCGAUGGAGACAUCGUCCUCUUCAACCGACAGCCCUCUCUACACAAACUCAGCAUCAUGGCUCAUAUUGCCAAAGUGAAGCCUCACAGAACGUUCCGGUUUAACGAGUGUGUGUGCACGCCGUACAACGCUGACUUUGACGGGGACGAGAUGAACCUUCACCUUCCCCAGACAGAGGAGGCCAAGGCUGAAGCCCUGGUGCUGAUGGGGACCAAAGCCAAUCUGGUGACCCCCAGGAACGGAGAGCCUCUGAUUGCUGCUAUUCAAGACUUUCUGACAGGAGCCUACCUGUUGACCCUGAAGGACACAUUCUUCGAUAGGUCUAAAGCCUGCCAGAUUGUGGCCUCUAUCCUGGUGGGGGUGGAUGAGAGGAUCAAGAUAGCUCUCCCACACCCUGCCAUACUCAAGCCCAUGACUCUGUGGACAGGGAAGCAGAUCUUUGGUCUGAUCCUGAAGCCCAGUAAGGCCUGUCCAGUCAAGGCCAACCUGAGGACCAAGGGAAAACAGUACAGUGGCAAAGGAGAGGACCUCUGCAGCAACGACUCCUUCGUGGUGAUCCAGAACAGUGAGUUGAUGUGUGGUACCAUGGAUAAGGGCACGUUGGGCUCUGGCUCCAAGAAGAACAUAUUCUACAUCCUGCUGAGAGACUGGGGGCAGCUGGAGGCAGCCAACGCCAUGUCUCGUCUGGCCCGCAUCGCCCCUACAUACCUCUCCAACCGGGGUUUCUCCAUCGGUAUUGGUGACGUGACCCCAGGCCAGGGUCUGCUGAAGGCCAAACAGGACCUGCUGGAUGGAGGCUAUGCCAAGUGUGACGAGUACAUCGAGGCCCUGAAGACGGGCAAACUGCAGCAGCAGCCAGGCUGCACGGCUGAGGAGACGCUGGAGGCCCUCAUCCUGAAGGAGCUGUCUGUUAUCAGAGACCAUGCCGGCAGCGCCUGCCUCAGAGAACUGGACAAGACCAACAGUCCUCUGAUUAUGGCUCUGUGUGGCUCCAAAGGAUCCUUCAUCAACAUCUCCCAGAUGAUCGCCUGCGUGGGCCAGCAGGCGAUAAGCGGCUCUCGAGUGCCCGACGGCUUUGAGAACCGCUCGCUGCCACACUUUGAGAAGCACUCUAAACUUCCUGCAGCUAAAGGGUUUGUAGCUGACAGCUUUUAUUCAGGCCUGACGCCGACGGAGUUCUUUUUCCACACUAUGGCUGGUCGAGAGGGCUUGGUGGACACCGCUGUUAAAACAGCGGAGACCGGAUACAUGCAGAGGCGUCUGGUGAAGUCGCUGGAGGACCUGUGUUCCCAGUAUGAUCUGACGGUACGGAGCUCCACUGGUGACAUCAUCCAGUUUGUCUACGGGGGGGACGGCCUGGACCCGGCCGCCAUGGAGGGGAAAGAUGAGCCGUUGGAGUUCAACAGAGUUCUGGACAACAUCCGGUCUGUCCAUACGUGUUCAGAGCAGCCAGCCCUUAGUAAGAAUGAGUUGGUCCUGACAGCAGAGUCCAUCAUGAAGAGGAGUGACUUCAAGUGCUGCCGAGACAGCUUCCUCGAGGCCUUGACAGACACGGGCUCAGAGAAGUAUAUGGAGGAGAUCAAAAAGUUCAUCAAGGCUACAUCUGAGAAGAUCAAGAAGACCAGGGACAAAUACGGCAUCAACGACAAUGGCACCACUGAGCCCAGAGUUCUGUAUCAGUUGGACCGCAUCACUCCCAGCCAGCUAGAGAAGUUUCUGGAGACCUGCAGGGACAAGUACAUGAGAGCUCAGAUGGAGCCGGGCUCAGCAGUAGGAGCCCUGUGUGCCCAGAGCAUUGGGGAGCCUGGGACCCAGAUGACCCUGAAAACCUUCCACUUUGCUGGGGUAGCCUCCAUGAACAUCACCCUGGGGGUCCCGCGCAUCAAGGAGAUCAUCAACGCCUCCAAGAACAUCAGCACACCUAUAAUCAGCGCUCACCUGGAUGUGGACGACGACGCAGACUUCGGCCGGCUGGUGAAAGGGAGGAUUGAGAAGACCCUUCUGGGAGAGAUUUCAGAGUACAUUGAAGAGGUGUUUCUGCCAGACGACUGUUUCAUUCUGGUCAAGCUGUCGCUGGAGAGGAUCAGACUGCUACGGCUAGAGGUGAAUGCAGAGACAGUCCGCUACUCUAUCUGCAUGUCUAAGCUGAGAGUGAAGCCUGGAGACAUAGCUGUACACGGGGAGGCAGUGGUCUGUGUAUCUCCCAGGGAAAACAGCAAGAGCUCCAUGUACUACGUCCUCCAGUCUCUAAAGGAUAACCUGCCCAAGGUGGUGGUACAGGGUAUCCCUGAGGUCUCCAGAGCUGUCAUUCACAUCGACGAGCAGACCGGCAAGAACAAGUACAAGCUGCUGGUUGAGGGAGACAACCUACGCAGUGUCAUGGCAACCCACGGUGUCAACGGCAACAGGACCACCUCAAACAACACCUAUGAGGUUGAGAAGACGAUUGGUAUCGAGGCUGCUAGGUCCACCAUCAUCAAUGAGAUCCAGUACACCAUGGUGAACCACGGCAUGAGCAUCGACAGGCGACACGUCAUGCUCCUGGCUGACCUCAUGUCCUAUAAGGGUGAGAUCCUGGGUAUCACCCGGUUUGGCCUGGCUAAGAUGAAAGAGAGCGUGUUGAUGCUGGCGUCCUUCGAGAAAACUGCCGACCAUCUUUUUGACGCUGCGUACUUUGGUCAGAAGGACUCGGUCUGUGGUGUAUCUGAAUGCAUCAUCAUGGGAAUCCCCAUGAACAUCGGUACAGGACUGUUCAAGCUCUUACACAAGGCUGAUAAGGACCCCACGCCACCCAGGAGACCCCUGCUCUUCGACAGUCCCGACUUCCACAUCCCCUUGGUUACAUAGUAGAACCCAGGGCUCGUGUCUGUCCCACACCCAACAUCUAAUAAUGUAAAAUAAUAUGGUCAUUUAGUAGAUGCUUUAAUCCAAAGGCUCCUACAGUUACAGUGACACAUCUGCAGUAUAUGUGGCCAUUGUGGGAAUCAACCCCACAACCCUUACUGUACUGAUCUGAUCAAGGCACUCUCAUUGUAUAUGCUGCUUUUGCUAUCUCUGUGUGUGUGUGUGUGUGUGUGUGUGGGGGGGGGGUUAGGGUGGGGUUAGGGUUAGGGUGGUGUGGGGUUAGGGGGUGUGUGUGUGUUUGUGGCGUUGGGGUGGUGUGUGUGAUGGAGCAAAGAGAGCAUGGGGCCUCUCCGUGAAGCUUCAUAUAAUAACAUCUUCCUUUUGGCUUUCUGUUUAUUGUGUUAUUUUAUACCACUUCUUCUAAUUCACAGGACUACAGGUGAGAGAAGUGCCUGUCAAAACGUCUCCAGCUCUUCCACAAUGGAACACGGACGUUCCCCUGUUUUUUUAUUUGUUUAGUCGUGGCCUCAUGCUAACUCUCUUUAUUAUGUUCCUUGUCUGUUUUCCCCACGCUUCCCCUUUCUGAACUGACAAUAAAGUGACGCUGGAAAGAGA